AUGGAUGCCAGAGAAGCCAUUUACUGCACGCUCUUAAUGAGCGACAGCUAUCUUCCAGGUGCCAUGGUGCUGGCCCGCUCGCUGAGGGACCACGGCACGCAGGCAAAGAUCGUGGCUCUCAUUACGCCAGAGAGUUUGCAGGCGCAAACGAUCGAGGAGCUGAAGUGUGUCUACGAUGAAGUGAUUCCUGUCAGCAGGGUGAUCAAUGUGUCCCCGGCGAAUCUUUACUUGAUGGAUAGACCCGACUUAAUAUCCACAUUCACAAAAAUAGAACUCUGGAGACAGGUCCAGUACAAGCAAAUUGUUUAUAUUGAUGCAGAUGUUGUAGCGCUUCGAGCGCCAGAUGAACUGCUCACUCUUGAUACCCAUUUUGCUGCCGCUCCUGAUAUUGGCUGGCCGGAUUGCUUCAACUCCGGUGUCAUGGUGCUUCGCCCAAGUUUACAAGAGUAUUAUUCCCUUCUUGCAUUUGCGCAGCGAGGAAUCAGUUUUGACGGGGCAGACCAAGGCCUCCUGAACAUGCACUUUACAACCUGGCAGAGACUAAGCUUCGCCUACAACUGUACCCCCAGCGGACACUAUCAAUAUAUCCCUGCAUUCCGGCAUUUCCAAAGUACUAUUAGUUUGGUGCAUUAUAUUGGUCAGAACAAACCGUGGAACCUACCGAGACAAACCUUCCCCAUAGAAGGCCCUUAUAAUCAACUACUCGCCAGAUGGUGGUCUGUCUAUGAUCGCCAUUAUCGACCAGUAGCACCAGUAGCACCAGUGACUCAGCCUGUACCAGCGAAGCUGGACCAUGUUUCAGCGAAACAAGAGCGUAGCCUGCCAGCAACGACUGAGUACGCGGGCUCACCGGGCCAACCAGUUUCUAUUCCCAGCACAUCUAGUUUGGGACCCCCUGUAGCGAGGGACGUGUCGAGGUCCGCGGUGCCAUCUGCCAUUCCUCUAUCUGAGGGAGCCAUGGGACUGGCUGGCUUGCAGUCAGACUAUAAAGCCCAGGCUCCGGCUGUUGACACGCAUGAUGUGCUACUUACAAACCGUGAAAUCACGUUGAGCGCUGUUCCGCAGCAUGUACGCGGGGAGGAGGAUGUUUCUAUCCCGCGUUGUUCAUUCCCACUUGCGAGCCAGCCAGCAGCUGAAGACCUUGGUGGUGGCAGCGGAACCAUACAUCAACCUACCGCGCAUCGUUUUACGACUCUUUCACCAGUAGUCGAACCACCCACUCAAUCCCAACAGCCUUUGCUGCAGGCAACGCAAGGAUUCGCUACGAUCAAGGAUAGCGUUUCCGAGCCUGUCGAUACAAAAGGAAAGAAACCUGCAUCUUACGGUACCCCUCAGGCAAAGCGGGCUGUUUCUCCUCCAUUGAUGACAUGGGAUGCCGCACGUGCGCCGCCGCCGGUCGACUCGAAACCCGAAGCCGCCAAUUUUCCCACCCAGACAUACACAAUGUCCAAAAGUAGGAAUUUGUUCCAGCCGCCAAAAUCGUAUCCAGAAGCGCCAAAGGAUAUGUACUAUGAACUUCCGCCGAAGGCGCCUAUUCCGGGAGCAGCAACUCAAAUUUUUCCUUGGGAAACUCAAGCUCCAGAACCGUCACGGGUGUUCUUUGAUGAAAUGGAAGACACGACUGAAGCAAAUUAUCUAGGCACAACUGGCCACCUAAAGGCGAAUGAACGCUUUAGCAUGGACACCGAGCUAGACGCCAGUCAGAUGUCUACAAAUUAUUGGGACACUUACGUGCGAUCAAACGCUUGGGAUGAGGUACCGGAAAUUGAACAAUACAUCCGGUCUGUCCAGAAACCUCGCCAAGGGAGUGUCCAAGUCCUUUCAGGGGGCAUUCCUGGUGGGAGAAAAUCAAGCUUGAGGCUAACUGAUUUUCCAACUGAAAUUGAGCGCCCAAGCCUUCCUGUAACUCCGGCUCCUAUCCGGAGGCAGAGCUACGGGCAUGAUGAGGACCAGGGAGAUCUAUUGGGCGCUGAAGGUGUCCCGAAACAGGAGGAAUGGAAUCCCGUGGAACAGCUCGAGAGACUUCACCAGCACCAUUGCGAAUUUCUGGAUAGAGCUUUGCGAGACAUUCCGAAAGAGGAGGCUGGGUGA